CGUUGGACUCGGAUGCCCAGGCAAAGCUCGCCGAGCUCAAGGAGCAGAUGGGCAUGCUCGAGAGAAGCCUCGAAGAAGGCGUCGCUCGCAAGGCACAGUCCAGCACCACGAGUCCAUUUGAGUUGACCGGACUGAGCACACUCCCUGGCCAGAAUCACCAGAGUGAUCAGGAAGACGAUGAAGAGAUCAAGAACCUUCGACCGACAGGUUUGGUCACUGAAGAUGCCGCCUACUAUGAACCCGAAGACGAUACGAACGACGAUAUGGUCGAUCUCGGCUUCCGCAUGGGCAAGGUACGAAUCACAGAACGUAUUGGGGGCCUCGUACGCCCACGAUUCUCGGAUGAGUUGGCCCAGACGCUGAAGCAACUGCCCAACCACGAGUCUCACCCUAGGCCAAAUAUCGAGGAAGAUCCGGCUGUCUGGUUAGCACCAACCCAAGACUAUGUCGCGCCAUCUUCGAAUUUCGUACUGGCUUCUGGGGUCGACAAUGUGUCGCUCGCGUCUUACUUACCCGCACGCUUUGUCGUCGACAAACUGAUCGCCCAUUAUUGGAUUGCUGUGCAUGCCAUUUCUCGGGUCGUGCAUCGUCCUUCGUUCGAGAGACAGUAUCAGAAUUUCUGGAUCAGGGUCAACAUGGGAAUGGAGCCCCGCCCUUCAUUCCAGGCCGUUCUCUUUGCAGCUCUGUUAGGCUCUGUCGUCUCUAUGAAGGAUGAAAGAGUGAGUGCUGAGUUUCGUGUCGACAAACAAACGUUGGUGAACAGCUUCCGCGAGGGGACCGAGGCAGCUCUCGCCAAAGCAAACUUUCUGCGCACCACAAAGCUGGAAACAGUCCAGGCUUUUGUCAUGUAUCUGAUUCCCUUGUGCCGCAAUGAAGUGUCCCGUGCCCAUUCUGCACUCACAGGAUCAUUGAUACGACUUGCUGAAUGCAUGGGGCUCCAUCGCGACCCUACUGCGUACAGCACUUCUCCCAUCGAAUGCCAGGUACGGCGCCUCGUGUGGUACCAGAUCUGCUUCCUGGAUCUUCGUACUUGUGACGCCGUGGGCCCCCGGCCGCAGAUCCAUCUUGACGACUACGACACGCGCUUUCCUCUUAACGUCGAUGAUGAUGACCUGGACCGGGCCGAACGAGGUGACCGCAGCGUAGAUGUUAGCAAAGACUCCAAUCGGUUUACGGACAUGACCAUAAGCCGUAUGCGCUUUGAAGCCUACGAGAUGCAUCGUUUUCUCUGGAGUGAAAGACCAAAACUGGACCGGAAACGCACAGGCGACAAGAGCGGAGUCACCAUCACCUCUAUCCUAUCAAGAGUCCAGUCGUUUCAAGCAGCCAUGGAAAAGAAAUACCUCCCAAUGCUCAACAAGCUGGAGCCGCUGCAUGUCCUGGCUUCAGAACUUCACGGGAUCGUCUCAAAUAGGCUCUACGUUUCCAUAUUGCAAAAGUACAUAGCGAGUGCUCGCAACAAGAUGCCUGAGCGCUUGCGUCAGCUUAUUAUGAGUGCUGCGACAAUGAUUCUGGAACACGGAAUGGCAAUUGAACAGCAUCCCAUCUUAUCCUCAUGGUCAUGGAUUGUUGGUGCUCUCCAUCAGCACCAUUCUGCGCUUCUCCUUGUCAACGAAGUUUGUGUAUCCAAUCCAGACCCGGCUACGGAACAGCGGAUUUGGAGAUGCUUGGACUACUCUUUCAACCUUCCUCCUGAACUUUCCAACGAUGAAAAGAGGAGAAUAGUCUUAGAGGAUCUGGUCGGUAAAUCGAAGAUAUAUUCCGAAAUCAAGAGAGUCCGCGCCCCAACAAAUAUGUUAGCAGCAGUGCCAGCGCUAGAGUCGGGAUCACAAGCUCAACAAGAAGACAGGCACCGACAGAAAAGUGUGCCAACCCCUAUGGCCAACACGGGACCUGUUCCACAUGGUCUGGGCGGGAGACCGACCCCACAACAACUUGCACCUUCACCACAUCAAUCGACUUUGCAACAUGGGUCGACGCUGGGUGCUAGGAUAGCCCAGUUUCCGGGUGCUAUCCCGACCGUGGAGUGGGGCACUAUCGACCUUCCAGCAUCACUUCCAGUUUCACAUCCAUCAACCUACAGUGACUUUCGUCUCACAACUCCUGCCCAAAGAUAUGCGUCUGUAGCAGAACAUGGCGCCAGCAGCAAUGCCAGUAGCCCGAAUUCUGCAGUAUACGGCAUGACGCCCGGAUCAACUGGCAGCAACUCCAUGGACGCCAUCAACGAUAUUGAUUGGAACGAUGUUGAGAGAAUGUUUGGUAGUGCAGAGACAGCUCCCAAGAUCGAUCCCUCCGAGGUUAAGGUUAUCCACCUCCGUGCGACGGGUGGUGAAAUCGGUGCCUCGUCCGCGCUCGCUCCCAAGAUCGGUCCUCUCGGUCUCUCGCCCAAGAAGGUCGGUGAAGAUAUCGCCAAGGCCACUGGUGACUGGAAGGGUCUCCGCGUUACCGUCAAGUUGACCAUCCAAAACCGUCAAGCCGCCGUCUCCGUCGUUCCCUCGGCCUCUUCCCUCGUCAUCAAGGCCCUCAAGGAGCCUCCCCGAGACCGCAAGAAGGAGAAGAACAUCAAGCACACCAAGAGCAUUCCUCUAGAUGAGAUUAUCAACAUUGCCCGCACCAUGCGCUUCAAGUCCAUGGCCAAGGACCUGAAGGGUACCGUUCUUGAGAUUCUCGGCACUGCCUUCAGCACUGGCUGCAAGGUUGACGGUCGCAGCCCCAAGGAUGUUUCCGACGACGUCAGGGCUGGCGAGAUUGAGAUUCCCGAGGAGUAAGCGUUUGCACAGUGUGCGCGACGAUUACGAUGAAUGAUAUAUGCCAUAGAGGGUGCUACAUAGCUGAAUGAGGAUCAUGUCUCAACCUCGAGGUUCACGCCGUGGAACCGGGGAAGUUUGCGCAGCUACGGCGUUUGGGCUGUUUGAUACCACACUACAAAAGUGACUCUGGCAUACGACAAUGAUAAAAAUAAGUCUUGUCGUU